AUGUCGAGCCAAGGAACAGACCUAUUUCGACGUAUUGCUCAAACUAAAGAUCCGAUCAAUACCAAAAAAUUGAAAAAAGUUUUGAUUAUACGAGGAAAAGAGCCGGAUCACUUUUUUACAUGUAUUUGUGAGAAAUUUAAUGGUUUUGUAAAAAAUCCUGAAGUGUUUGAAUGGAAGAGAUUUCAUUUUGAUUAUGAUUUUGUGGUAUUUCCGUUAUAUGCUGGAUGCUUUAUUUCUGCUCCUUUGGCUCCAAUAUUUAGUGAAAUUAUGAACAUCAUGAAAGAGUUAAUUUCAUCAAAACGUGUUGCAGCUCUAUUCUUAAGAGGAAGUAAUGAAUACAGUGUACCUAGUAGGCUUGGUUACGUCUAUACUGAUAUACAAAAGGGCUUUGUGGAUUUUACAUGUGAAACCGUUGAUAUCAACGUUGAAGUAUUGAACGAAACAUGUAUGAAAAGCGACAUUUUACUCGAAUUUAAAGCCAAGCAUCCAGAUUUAUUUAUUCAAAAUGAGAAACACAAAAAGGUAGCUCUUGCCAAUACAUAUCUUUCUGGUCUAUCUAUUACAAGUUGUACGGACAUUUCAAAUUGGCACAUUCUUGCUCAAGCAGAAGAAGGUAAAAAGCUUUGUAUGCUAAUUCACAAAACGGAGAGAGUCAUGUUCACGCCUUGGUAUGGUUUUUCUCAUGGUAAUCAACUUUCGCAUGACCUCGUUAGAUACUUUUGUAAAUAUUUAGUAUUGGAAUAUUUGAGAGAGGAGAGCUCAACUUUUAAAACCAAACUUUGUCAAAAGUAUCAAAAUUACCAAUUGUGUGAUAUUUCUGUGAUGGCAUUUACUGAGGAAUAG